UAGAAUACAGACUCAAAGUUCUAAGGCUAAUAAGACGGGGAAUCUAUUAAAGUCGUCGUUGUCAGUCUGCUGUAUCUCGCCAGUAUGAAAGUUUGUUUUCUUGUCUCAGCAACAGUUUCUAGCUGUUUGUAAUGGGCUGCUUUUAGCGGUUUUCCUGUGCCUCCAAUUAGUUAAACCAUUAUCGAUGUAUGUGUAAAGUUAGCCUGCAUUGCUGAGCAUGGAGGUAAGGGAGAUAGAGAGGUGCUGCUGUGUAGUCAAGGUGUCAGGCACCUUUUCAGCACAGAAACCCGUGAGCUGCAGUGGAGUUAUCGUGCAUCCUCAGACUGGAACUGUGAUAUGUACCGGCCUGCCGUUUUCACGUUUCAUUACCGACAAAGGGCCCUUCUCGGACCGCGAGUCCAGGUUCCUGCCGCCGCGCAGCUUCAGUGAAAAACUUAAAAUCCGCGUCAGCUUUUCUACUCAGCAGCAUCUGAACACCAACCGGUCUGCACGGGGAGAAGCAUUCACACCCUCCAGAGCUAAAACAACACGGCAGCGGGAAGUUGCAGCCCAGUUGCUGAUGCUGGUGAACUGCCUGGAGUUCAAACAGGCUUUCCAGGCAGUUUUCCAGGACGCUGACCAGUGGCGUUUCCAUGGUGAUGAAGAGGAUGAGGAGCUGAUCAGAGACGCCCACUUCCUUAGCUGGUUCGCUGUGCUUAAGGCAGGCGUGGUGGUUGAAAGCAGCCCAGAUUCAGGGACCGUCCCCUGGCGGAGCAGCUCUUCUCUCCAGAAAGGCUGUCCGGUCGUUGCAUGUGGUUCACCUUUUGGCUCCCUCUGCUUAGACCUCUUCAGCAGUACCCUCAGCAGAGGUAUCAUCAGUAACCUCGCAGGAGAGGACAACGCUGUCAUCCUCACAGAUGCCCGCUGUCUGCCAGGCACAGAGGGUGGAGGGUUGUUUGUGGUGGAAGGUGCAGAUAAUGUGCGCCUCAUUGGGCUGAUUGUGUCUCCAUUUGGCUGGAAGGCCAACGAGUGGAUAGGCCUCACUUUAGUCUGCUCAGUCCACUUGAUCUUCAGGAAUGUCACCCACUGCAUGAGCGCUCAAGAUCCACUGCGGGAUGUUUGGCUCCAUCCGGGAGAGGCUGGCCUCCACAUGUCCAUCACAGCCCACGAGUCAAAAGCUGUUAAAUACCCCACUGUGUGCUUUGUGGACAGUGGCCAGUUCUGGGGCUCAGGGGUUGUUGUCACCUCUCAGCUGGUUUUAACCUGCCGGCAUGUUGUUAACGGGAAGUCCACAGUCACCCUGAAGUUCCAUCACAGGGACAGAGUCCAUGAUACUGUGGGUAGUGUGCUGUUUUCCACUAAAGCAUCUUCGCCCUAUGAUCUGGCUUUGGUGCAGCUGAGAGACUCUGUCCCAGAGGCUGUGGUCCCUCAAAUGGCCCAGAAUUUCAGUCCAGGUGAACCUGUAGUUGUGGUGGGAUAUGGUGGGUUGGGUCGGAGCUGUGGUCCAUCCCUGACCUCUGGUGUCCUCUCAAAAGCCAUUAGCUUGAAUUCCCAGCCCAUCAUGCUUCAGACCACUUGUGCAGUACAAGCAGGGGCCAGCGGGGGUGCUGUGGUGCGGACACGGUCUGGAGAGCUGCUUGGGAUCGUGUCCAGCAACACAAGGGAUUUUGCUGCCAAAGUGACCUACCCACACCUCAACUUCAGCAUCCCAGCGACUGUUUUCCAGAGACUGUUGCAGCGCUUUCGCCAGACAAAGGAUGUUAAGGUGUUCAGGAUCUUGGACACCACAGAAAAAGAAGUCAGAAGGGUGUGGAGGCUGCAAGGUGCUCAAAGCAAACUAUAACUGCACCGUGAGAUGUGCUAGAGAAAACAUUUGGAGGACUAAAUCAAAAUUAGUUAUAUGGAAAAUCACUUUAGAUAAUCAAACUAAGACUGUCUUUUUUUUUUUUUUUUUACAUGAAACUGGAAUUUUUAGAUAUAUAAUUGAAUAUGCUCCAUACCUCAAUUUGUUACAAACACAGGCACAAAGUCACAAAUCACAGAUCCAGAAUCAGUAAUUCCUGAUGUUGAUAAGCUCACCCAGAACCAUGCAGUAAACAAUGUGAAAUAUUUAAGACCACUUAAUGUUACAGCCUAAUUAAAGUUACUUUAAUACCUGUAGCAAUUGUUUAAUUGUAAUGUAAUGUAUUUAAAUAAAUAAAGCCAUUUAUCCUG